CGUCGCCACAGAAAACAGUGGGCGUGCCCGGCUCGUCCCUGGAUCCCUGGCACUUGGCGAAAGCGCCCACGACGGUGCCCUUAAAUUGGACGUGUGUGUGCCUCCUCAGUCCUCACCACCUCAUCGCUCUUCCCAAUCCUCACAACCAUCUCUCAUCGAUCGCGACCCAUUUCCAAAAUCACAAGAGAAAUGCUGGGCGGCUCUCUCCGCCGGCUGGUGGCGGCGCUCGCCGUGGCAUUGGCCGUGCUUGCGGUGUCGGCGGCAGCGGCGGCCGCGGUCGACCGGAGCUUCCACCGGGACUUCGACGCCGUGUGGGGGAAGCGCAAUGCGCGGUUCUUGGAGCAGGGGCGGGUGGUGGAGCUGUCGCUGGACGAGCGGACGGGGUCGAGGCUGGAGUCCAAGGACCGCUACCUGUUCGGGAGGUUCGACCUCGACAUCAGGCUCGUCGCCGGCGAGUCCGCAGGGACCAUCACCUCCUUCUAUAUGAACGCUGCAGAUCUGCACUGGAGGCGCGAGGCACGACGAGGUGGACUUCGAGUUCCUGGGCAACGUGAGCGGCGAGCCCUACCUCCUGCACACCAACAUCUUCAGCGACGGCAAGGGCGAGCGCGAGCAGCAGUUCGUGCUCUGGUUCGACCCCACUGCCGACUUCCACACCUACUCCAUCCUCUGGAACCCGCUCAACAUCAUCCUGUACAUCGACGGCACGCCGAUCAGGGUGUUCAGGAACAACGAGGCGAACGGGGUGCCGUUCCCGACGCGGCAGCCGGUACACGUCUUCGCGAGCAUCUGGAACGCCGAGGAGUGGGCGACGCAGGGCGGGCGCGUCAAGACGAACUGGUCGGAGGCGCCGUUCGUGGCCGCGUACCGGCGGUUCCACGCGAGCAGCGCGUGCGUGUGGCGCGGCAACGGAGCAACGACGCGGUGCGGGGGCGACCACCUGCCAUCGUCGGCGUCGUCGUGGAUGGGACAGACGCUGGACUGGUGGAGCUGGAUGACGCUCAACUGGGUGCGCAUGAACUACAUGGCCUACGACUACUGCGAAGACCGGAAGCGGUAUCCCCAUGCCUUCCCCACCGAGUGCAUCAUUCCCAUAGGCAGAAUAUGAUCAUCUCCAUUAGUUAGUUAAUGCGUAUGUAGUUUAGCGUGAUUCUAGAGGAAGGGUGCUUUGUCUAGCCGCAUCUGAAUAAUCACAAAUUUCUUUCUUUCGGUGGGCUGUGUAGCGGUAUGUGAGGUCAAACUUGUUGCAGGACUGGAUUUGCUACCAGCAAUAUGUAUAGAACUAUAACUUCGACUGUCACUACGCGGGAUUGUGGGAUUCUUGUUUUGAAGUGUUCUUGUA